AAGACACUUGGCAACACUGGAAUCAGUGUUACUUUUGUAACAUUUCAACUUCUAACCUAGUGUAAUAUCUAUUUUUGAAUUGAGAUUAUUGCGAUGAACAAAUUGUCUUCAAUAUUUUAAUAAUAAAUAAUUAUAAUAUGGGAAAAAAUAAGUUAUUACGUGUAACUCAAAUGAAUGCCGUUUAUUUGGACAAUGAGAUAUUUAAGGCUUUGUAUCAAAUAUUUAUUGAUUCAACAAAAAAUCUUCCUCCGGGAUUCAUCGCGCCAUAUGAACCGGAAUUGAAUCUAAUUCUCCGUCUUUCAUUAAUGAACAAUUCAAUUCUGAAAUCAAAUAGUACCUUUGGCCAACAGUUGCUUUCGUUGAAGUACCAAAAUAUUUCUACAACCCAGAAAUUACUGUAUGUCUUGGGAAAUUGUUUUGAGUAUGUGAAAACAAAGUUGGAAAUAUGGAAACCUUCUCAUGAUAUAAAUAACAUUAUUUUCAAAAUUUAUACACUAUUAAAGUUGUUGGAUUUUAUAAAUAUUUCCAUAUUCUUGCGUUCUGGUGAAAAGCCAUUGCUUAUAGAAAGAAUUCUAGGACUUACACAAGUUUAUGCCACCGAUAAUGCUCAAAGGCAGUUCGAGUCCAAAUAUUUGGCCCGGGAGUUGUUGUGGAAUGGUUUUAUAGAACUAUUGGUGUAUGUAUUACCUCUUGUGAAUUAUCAUAAAAUAAAGAGAAACAUUCGAAAUUUGAAUCCAUAUCAUGUAAAAGCUAAAACUACUGUUGUUGAUAAGAGGAAUAUGACAAUGCUCAGUAAAUGUGCACACUGUGGGGAAAAUCCAAUAUUACCACAUCAUAUGGGCUGCUCUCAUAUCUUCUGUUAUGUUUGCCUAAAAGGUAAUCAAGUGGCCGACUCCAAAUUUGAAUGUCCAGUUUGUGAACAUAAAAAUCCCAAUAUGUUAUGUGAUAGGGUCACAGUCAUGUGACAUAUUAUUUUUUGACCACAGUUUUUUCAGUUCUUAUUUGUUACUGUUUUGUUUUGAAAUAUAUCAGUUAGAAAAA